AGUUGUGUCAUUUUCAUGUGUUUCUAUGCUGCAUGUUGUUCUAACAGGUAUUUCUACUUCCUCUUUCUCUUGUAGUUCUCUCCAUUAGUCAAGGGCUCCAAAAGGUAUAUGGUGUCCACAGGAACUGAUGCAACAGUGUGUUUCUGGCAGUGGGAUGUUAAUAAUAACAGUUUCAGCGAUCGUCCACACAAAUUCACAGAGAGGCCGAGGCCUGGCGUUCAGACUGUCUGCUCUUCCUUCAGCCCUGGUGGCGUGUUCCUUGCAACAGGAAGCACAGAUGACGUCAUCAGGAUAUACUACCUGGGCAGUGGCAGUCCAGAAAAACUAGCUGAGCUUGACUCUCACAAAGACAAGGUGGACAGCAUCCAGUUCUGUCAUUCAGGAGAGAGAUUUGUGAGUGGCAGUCGAGACGGCACUGCUCGUAUAUGGCAACUGCAUCAGAGACAUCAAUGGAAGAGCAUUUUAUUGGACAUGGCUGCCACCCUUCCAGGGUCUGCACCUUUAACAGAGGAUGAAAAUGUCUUCAAACCCAAAGUCACCAUGGUUUCCUGGGAUCGCCACGAUAAUGCAGUCAUCACUGCGGUCAACAAUCAUCUGCUCAAAGUGUGGAAUUCCUAUACUGGACAGUUGCUGCAUAUCCUUAAAGGUCAUGAGGCCGAGGUGUUUGUUUUGGAGCCGCAUCCCUAUGACCCUCGCAUCAUGCUGUCUGCAGGCCACGAUGGGAAUGUCUUCAUAUGGGACCUCAUCAGAGGCACCAAAACCAUGCAUUACUUUAAUAUGAUUGAAGGUCAAGGACAUGGUGCUGUAUUUGACUGUAAGUUCACCACAGAUGGGCAUCGCUUUGCAAUGACAGACUCUCAUGGACAUCUGGUUAUUUUUGGCUUUGGGAGCUCCAAGCCCUAUGAGAAGCUUCCAGACCAGGUGUUUUUCCACACUGACUAUCGGCCGCUGAUCCGGGACUCAAAUGGGUUUGUUCUGGAUGAGCAGACCCAGCAGGCCCCACACCUGAUGCCUCCUCCCUUCCUGGUGGACGUUGAUGGUAACCCUCACCCUCCCAGAUUCCAAAGACUGGUCCCA